AUGAAAAACUACGACAAUUUUGAUUUCAAUGACGUUCAUUUCACUGAUGGUGAUAUAUUUGAUGUUAAACUGAAUGAUGUUGAGGAUGAUAGUUAUUCGGUAUCUAAUGGGUAUCAAAGUUUAGAUGAUGGUGAUGAUGCUGAUAAUAUUCACAAUGAUGACUUGGUUGAAGUAGAUGCAGUUGUAGGUGAUAGAUUAGUGAGAAUUGUCUCUAUUACUUCUGAUGAAAUUUGUGUUAUGAAAUUUGGUACUGUUGAUGAAGUUUAUGAAUUUUAUUAUCGAUAUGGUAAUUGUAAAGACUUUGCCAUCAGGAAACGUAAUGUUAGGACAAGAGGGUCUGAAGGUAGUCAAAUAACAGUAAUGAGACAGUUUGUUAUUGUAAAUUAUUAA